UGUAAGUUAUGAGGGGAAUAAUUAAUACAAAACUGAGUCACAGAGAAAAAGAUUUCAAGAACACUACUCUGAGACCUCACAGUGCUCCCUCCUCCACAGCCACUGACUCAAGGAAGCUGACGUUCAUGUACCUCGCCAAUGACGUGAUCCAGAACAGCAAGAAGAAGGGUCCAGAAUACAACAAGGAGUUUGGCAAUAAGCUGGGCAAGGUUUUCGAGCACCUUGGGGGCCAGCGCCUCGAUGAAAAGUCCAUUCGUGGCAUGAAUCGCCUCUUGACUGUCUGGGAGGAGCGGAAUGUUUUUGACCAAGAGAAGGUGAAGCUCUUCCAGAAAAACCUAAACAAAGGGGGACCGGUGCUGAAAGUGAAAGACAGCAGCAGCAGGAAACGUGAGCGCAAGGAGCACAGCAGUAAGAAAAAGAAUGAGUCGUCCAAAAAGCCACGGCGGAGCUCUGAGUCGUCUGAAUCUUCACGACUUAGGAAAGAGAGCGAGGGGGCUGACACCACCUCCCCGUCCACGCCACCUCCAAGUGAGCCUCCAGAGCCUGAGCAGCUGAUUGAGGCUCUGCAGGAGCUUGAGAAUGCAGCCACCUCUGAUGCUGUCGUACGGGAGAAGAUUGCAAGUCUCCCAGAUGAGGUGUCGGAUGUCUCCCACCUCAGCAAGCUUGAAGACCUCAAUGCAGCUCGAACCUUGAGUAAGAAGGUGGAGGAUGCAAUGGCCAUGCUUGAGUCCUACAACAAAAGGCUUGCUGAGGAGAUGGAGGCACGUAAAAUGGUGGCAAGGAUGCUGCAUGACUACAUCACUUUCCAGAAAGACCUCCUUGCCCAGGCUGAAGAAACCCUAGAGGAGCACCGGCAGAAGCAUACCAAGGUCAAAAAGGUUCGGGAUGAACUCAGGGCGCACCUACAGAACCUGCCAGACAUCUCAAAACUACCAAGUAUUCGCACUGGAGGCCUGGCCCCCCUGCCCUCUGCUGGCGACCUUUUCACGUGACUCACUCCUCACCAGCUGCUCUCCUUACCAGUGGCCCAGUAACAGUCUCAUGAUGCUGUGAAUAUUGUGAUAGUCAAUACUGACAUUCAAAAUCGGUAUUCAUGCCACCUGAAAGACAGAAAGUCACACACACCUACAUCUUAGUGCUUACAGUGUGCAGAACCAUCGUAGCAGAGAAAGAAAGCCACAUUUGGAUCCAAUGUGAGUAAGAGUAAGAGGAGGAAAGAGCCAGUUAAGCAUAGCGAGUUACUAUGUUGACCAAGUCACUCAAGAUCCAGUGUGUGUGUGUGUAUGUUUUUUUAUUUAUUUUUUAUUUUUAUUCUUUUCUAAAAGUUGGUGACUAAUAUUUAAGGAUUUUUUUUUUCAAGCACAUCAGUCGUGUUCAUGUUCCAUAGUAAAAAGUUCACAAUUGUUUGACAUUAUGGGUUACCUCAUAUCAACAUAAGUAUGAUCUUUUCUUUCAACAGUAUAGUUUCCUCAUCCUUAUUCAGCAAACAUCAGGGUGGCAUUGCACACGUUAUUGUCAUCACAGUGGUUGCUCAGUUAGGCGGAUAGCCUGUGGCAGCGCCUCUUGUCAACCAGUUCCACUAUGUAACCUAUUUAGUGCACUAGGAGAGCUAUACAUUUGUUGUGUAGUAGUAUUUUUACCCCUCUGCAGCUUGAGAAUUUUUGGAUAUACAUUGCUCAUAGAGUAGAUGGAGAAGUGAGGACCAAACAGACAAUUUAUGCUCUAUAGACUUAACAUUAUCAGGAAGACAAGCAUGUAAUCAGUUUAGUUUAUGUUGAUGAAAACGCUCAUACUAUCAGCAGUAUUUUUGCUUAUUUUAAUUGAGUCCAUAUCAAUUAAUAAUGUCUUGUUCAUCAUUGACAGUGAAGUAAAAUGCAUGUAACAUCUCCACUCUUCGGGCAUUAUAGGAUAUUUUAUACUAUCACUACCUUCAAUGGUUUCUAGAAAACGGAAAAGUAAAAUUGUGUUGUGAUGCUUUAAAAAGUGAAUUAAUUUAUGCAUGGAUAGUAUUUCACUGUUGAAUGAUUUGCUGUCAUUGGGUCUGUGAAGCAGCUACAGUCUGUAUACAUUACCCUUACUAGCAUCAGUAGCAUUGAUGUGUAUCCUGACUCGGCAGUUUCUUGGCAGCUGUGGUUCCUAACGUUCCUAGAGUUGAGAUGGGAACACAUUUAGGAAGUUAUAAGGGGAGGUGUUCUAGCCUAAUGCUGCAUUAGUAUCGCCUUUUGGCAGAUGGCAAGCUUGAUUAAAUAUUUUGAUUUUAAAAGACACUGAAAGACAAGCAGUUGUGGUACAGGGUGAAGAAUUAAUUCACAGACAAGCACUUGCAGACCUUUCAGUGCUGUCUUAUAGGUCUGGCAGACUUUUCAAGCUUGUGUGCUCAGGUAUAUAAUAUUACAUGCUGCAGUAUUGAGAUGUGCAUUUCUAGUAGUGAACUGGAAUUAUUGUAGAUCCCACUGUUCUAUAUUUCACUGUUAGAUAUAAACUAUUUUAGCAAAGUACUUUCAACCUUUGUAUUAAACUUAUUUCUUUUCAUUGAUUCGCCACUGAUUGUUUUCAAGCUCUGACAUUGUAAGCACUGUUAUCCUAAGUGAGAAAAUAUCAUUUUAAAUGAUAGCAAUUGAAAUAUAAUAACGGCAGAGCACAAACUCAAGACAUUGCUCUUUAUCACUGUGCUAAACAAAAAGGUUUUGCUGCCUUCCUACUCCCACUCACAUGUAAUCAGACCCAUCGUUGCUGGUGUGUAGCUGGAGACCAAAACCCCGGAACAAGGGUGAAGCACUGCCCCUCAUUGGAGACUCACUGUGCAGCACAACACCUUGAAUUACUUGCAGCCUAAUUCCCAGGACAUUGGGAGCAAAAGUACAUCCCUCCAUUUUCCAAGGGAUGCAGCUAGAUAAAGAGACUGAGGAUAAAGACUGGGCCACCUUAACUCAUUUUGAUUUGAAGGACUCAGACCUUGCAUGGAGGAGUGGGUAAUCUCUAAUCUUGGUUCUGAGCUAAGGCAAUAAAUCACUCUUUAUCCUUCCUCUAUGAUCUGAGCAAGUUGGUGGCCCCCUAAAUGCACUGGCAACAUGGCUGAAAGUCCCAUCAAAGUAAUUGGUGGAAGCGUUCAGUCCAAGGCAUGAGUAGCCAGGGUGAGAGGUGAAGUAUGACUUAUAAGGCAAACCAAGAUUAUCAUUAUUAUGAUAAUUACCAAUCUGUCACUGUCAUAACAACCUGUUACCCUGCUAUUACCAAUAAAUUUGUGUUGUUUAAUGUAAGCAUUUGACUCUAGGGAGAAUGUAGUGCAAGCUAAACCAAGAUUGGAUCUCGCAUUUUGAAAAUCCAGCCCUAAUUGCAGAUUAGGGAACAGGCACAGCCUGGCAUUGCAAUCUUAAAAGGCCUUAAAAAAUUAUCAUCCCACUUCUCCAUGCAGGAACUCAUUUGUCAAAGGGGUCAUGUGGCCUAAUUAAUUCCCCACUGUUAAAUUCUACAAGAAAUGAGGCCAAACCCUACUGCCAAAAACUACUGUCUGCCCCUGCAUAUCUAAGGGAAGCAUUUUGAUCUACUUUUUCUCCAUAAUUUAGGAAGCCUGGAACAUGGCAAGUUGUUUAGCAAAACUCAUGUGGGCAUUUUUCCUAAUCAUGAAUGUAGUGUGGGACAUUUCUCUUGGCAGUCGUGUCCUCUGACUAUUUUUUUCUUUUCAAGGUUUGACCACACCCAUGCUGCUUGUGCAUCAAAUAGGGCAUCAGUACUGAUAAUAGACACUUUUGAACAAUUUUAGAAAUGGGCUGAGAGUACUCACUCUAAAAUAUGACAAAAAAAAAGUAAAAAUGUGCUACAUUGUUGUGACACUUUAUAAAAAUAUAGUUGACAUCCUUCCUUGUUAUGGAAGCAUUCUAAUUUUAGAUGCAGCAGUAUAAUUAUUUUAUUGAUUCAAAUGUUUUCAUAUAUAUAUAUAUAUAUAUAUAUAUAUAUAUAUAUAUAUAUAUAUAUAUAUAUAUAUAUAUAUAUAUAUAUAUAUAUAUAUAUAUAAAGAUAAAUACUAUAUAUUAACUGGUACUGUAAACUGUUUGAAUAUUAUAUCAACAAGUUUUUAGCAGGCAUGUUGAAAAUGUGUGACCACCAAAGUGAACUGUGUGAAGUCACUUCCACUUAGUUUGAUAUUUGUGAAAAGAAGCUGACCAAUAAUCUUACUCUCGUGCUGGAGGAAAGGUCAGGCUAUCUUGCCUUCAUGUAGUGGCACACUGCUGCCCUACAUUGAAAAAAUAAUGGAGUAUGUAGGAUGCAGAUGUCUUAAUUCACUAUGGGGAGUCUUAGCCUGUUGACCCUCAGGAAUGCACUGUACCAGCCUCUUCAGCGACCAGUGUCUCCUUGGGGGUAAGGCAAGGAACAUGAUGUCAGGAGAGGCUCCCUUUUGCUGGAGCCUGACAGGACCGGUGACUACGACCUAUACGUUAGGCCUCAUUAUAAAGUAGGGAUGAAUAGCCUUCCUCUCGAGGUACUGUGGAUUACCUUCCUUUUCCAUACCGUCAACUUUAUUAUUGUCUUGUCAUUCAAACCUUGGUGCAAAAGUUAUCAGAGAUGUUUACUGCUUUGGAGUAGUCAGGAAGGAUUCAUCUGGCUCCUUUACCUCCCUCUUAUUUCUUAAACUCAAAAUACUUAAGGAAUCAAAGCUUCACUUAGUUCCAAAUAUUACUAUGGUUGUUUAUGUUGUUGAUUUGGAUUUGUAACUUUUGGAUCAACAGUUCCUUUUUCCUUGCACAUGUUCAUAUCACAACUCUCUGAAUGGUUCCAAUAACAGAGGAGCAGAGGACACAAUGGACAUUAGUGAUUAUCUUUGUUGUGUGAACGUGUACCUGCUCCCUCCCUUCCCUGAAAUGAUCCCGUGUGAUGUGUGAGACACCAGGCCGAGGGCUACUUCCCCUGCCUGGGCGUCCAUGAGUUAUGGCUGCAGUACAUAGGUAUGCUGGCAGCUGCUGUGAUCAGGUGAAGUAAGGUCAAUCAACAGUUACUUCAGCAUAAAAGACUGUGUGCAGUGUGUUGUUUGGUGUGCAAGUGUCAUGCAUUGCCUUAUUCUGCAUGAGUAACUUAAUGUAUAUACUAUACUUGUAUUAAACUAGUGAAAGUGAA